GCAUUCCAUUCACGCACGUCGUCGUCAACAAAUCGAACGGAGGAGAAAAGGUGUCUGUUUGCAUCAUCCGCUCGACAGCGAGAGGGCUCUUCGCGUACAUCACCUCCCAAAGCAAGGCAACACAACUCAACAACAAACCGGAAACACAUCGCCGUAAACCAGUGCCGCUGCAUCCGAUGUGCAGCAUCCACCAGCAAACAUCUAACCUUAGCUAACGCGAAAGUCAGCCAUCGGCCCCAAGAUCAUCACCUUCUAUUUUGCCGUGCACACUUGGGAGGGCUGCAACCACCGUGUUGUAAGCGCUCGGAAUCGAUUUGGAUGGAAGUAUGAACCAAGAGCCUUUCACAUACGCCUUAUCGCAGAUCAGUCACUUAGUGUCGAACGUGAACAAGAAGAACACCGCGGCCACAGUUCGUCAGCUAGCGCAGUUAGUGAAGGACUUCGGACUAGAAGCCGAUCGUCACUUGCUGCGUUGUUUAUUCUCGUCGAUUGACUUUGGGGACGCCACACAUUCCGCUUCCAGAGGUUUUUGCCAGGCUCGCUUACUGGCCACUGAACUCGCGAGCCUGACAAACAAACCGCAGCUGGUAGCCAACAUUUGCUUCGCCGUCGACAAUCCGUUCCCGCAGCAAAAGUCCCUGAAGCCAACGGCGAACCUGCUGACACAGAUCUCGAAAACACUUUCUUGCACCCCGAUCCAGGAAACAGCGCUUUCGAUUGCUCUUUUGAAUUCGGAACACCCUGAAACAAUACGGCUCGCGGAAGCGCAUCUUAAAAUCUGCCUGAGAGGGCUUAUCGAAAACUACGUCGAAUCUGAUCCUGGAAGCAACGUAGAGGGAAACCUUAACGACGUCUCACCAGAAUUUUUACAACAAAUAUUGUCACUGAUUUCAUACGGCAAACACACCACCUACGGCCUAUCGGAUCAAACGUACGAACGGUUCCGGAAUCAACUGUGUCGCGAUUUUCCAAGAGAUCGCGUACCGCUCAUUCUAGCACCGCUGCUAUACUCGGAAAAUUCUGAAAUUUCCGCCGAAAUAUUGAAAAUUAACACACACAGCAUCCUACAAUCGUCGAUCAUGAAAACUUCCUGGACGAAUCUAGUUGUGGAAGUUGGCUACUCGUUUACGGCUACUCUGGACGACUGCCGGAACCACCUGCUGAAAGUUGGAGGACGUGAGAUAACGCCACAGGAUGUGGCGAAGAUUGUGUCCUCCAUGUGCUUGACGCACGAAACCCUGUCGGAGAGCAACAUAAACUUGCCUACCCCGAGUGCAUUCUGGCCGCAGGGAAAUGAUCCUUCGGGUCAAAAAGGCAAGGAUGGUAAUGGGGGAUCGUCAGCAUCGGAAAACACCACCUGGAAGCCGGAAGUUCUGGUACAGGCACUAAAGGAAGUGGUACCCAAUUUGAACUGGAAGGAUGUAUGUCUGGCCUUGGAUCAUCCGGAAUUUAUGCUGAAAGACCGUGCGGGAUUAUCUUUACUGUUGACGAUCGUCAAGAUGGGCAUGCAGUCGAGUAACAUGGGACAGAACUUCCCGGUAGAGUGUCUGUACCAGCGUUGGACCAACGUCGAGGGUCAGUUGUCGAUCAUAUCGCAGAUUUUGAAGUACCAAGACCUUUACUCGUUUGCCGAUCAUAUCUACACUAGCGUUUCGCUGGAGCUGCUAAAGACGCCACCGGAAACGGACAACAAAGAGGUGGCAUCGUGGAUGUCAUUGCACCUGGUUGACGUGCUGUUGUACAUCGCAGAUCAUGCAAAUCUGAGCGACAAGGUCAUGAAAAUUUUCAAGAUCCCUGGAGCAGUCUGUCCGGAUAUACUGUUCUUGGCGCUGCUACAAAUCAAUCCUCCGAUGACGACGGCAAGACAGGAUCUGUUUACGAAUUUGGUGCCAAUUUUCUUGGGCAAUCACCCGAACUCAGGAACCAUUCUUCAUCACGCCUGGAACCAUUCGACCUUUAACGUCACGUUACGCCCAAUCAUUCUGCACGCAAUGUCUGACUGGUACAUGGUGGGAGAGGGUGAUCAAUCGCGACUCUCGCGCAUCCUGGAUGUAGCGCAGGACUUGAAAGCUUUGUCGAAUCUGCUGAACAUUCGAUCAUACAUGUUCAUUAUCGAUCUGGCUUGUCUGGCGUCGAGACGUGAAUAUCUCAAGCUAGAAAAGUGGUUAGCGGACAAAAUCCGCGAACAUGGCGAAGCGUUUGUAAAGACAAUACUUAAGUUUCUGCAACGCCGCUGUCCACAAAUAAUGGGUGCAAAGUACAACGAGGAACAGAUCCCGAAGUCGGCUCAGCUGCCACCGGAAACGCUGAGCACAAUUCUGAACUGCUUGCAAGCUUGUAUGGGCAACUGUACGCCUGAAGUGUCGGAAAUGAUACACAGCAUGACGCAGUACGGAAUGAUGUUGAAUUCGAAGACACGCGUCCAGCAACAACAGCAGCAGCAGCAACAACAAGCGCCUCAACAGCAACCACCUCCACCGGGUGUGUUGCGGCCUCAUCGCGGACUGGAAGCGUUCGGUCCGAACGCAAUGGGCAGUCAACUGCUGCCACCCAUGGUGGAAUCGUUGAACAGUCUUUCAGCGAACAUAGGUGGCCUUAGUAUCGGUGGACCAGGCGGAGGAAAUAGUGCGUUUAGCUUCAAUAACAUCAUAGCUACGCCCGGAUCACCGUCACGACUGCACCCAUCGAGCAGUCCAUUCCCGAUGAUGCCGCUUCCGCCGGGAGCAGCUGCUGCCGCUGCUGCUCAGGCCGGUACACUUGGCCGAUUGCAGCAAACGCCGAAUGAUAAGCUCGGUGCAGGAGGUGGUGGUGGUCUUCAAAACGCUGCCAUCACACAAUCACCGUUCCAGACUGAAGCGACAGCUCAGCCUGUUUCGAAGGAGGUGGAAGAUGAAGCGAACAGCUAUUUCCAACGGAUCUACAACUUGCCACCGCAUCCGACAUUAUCGAUUGACGAAGUGCUCGAUAUGUUGCAGCGUUACAAGGAUUCACCGAAUCGGCACGAGAACGACGUCUUUCAGUGCAUGCUACGCAAUCUGUUCGAGGAGUAUAAGUUUUUCCCCCAGUAUCCGGACAAAGAGUUACAAACAACGGCACAAUUGUUUGGCGGUAUGGUAGAACGAAAUCUCGUCACAACGUACGUUGCCCUUGGGCUGGCUCUGCGUUGCGUGUUGGAUGCACUUAAGAAACCGGAAGGCUCAAAGAUGUAUUACUUCGGCAUUACGGCGCUGGAUCGUUUUAAGAACAAAUUGCAUCUGUACCCGAAGUAUUGCGAGUACGUACGUUCGAUUCCACAUUUCAGCGAGUUUCCUCCACAUCUGAUUGAGUACAUCGAUUACGGUGUGCAGGGUCAUGAUCCGCCAAACAAAACCCUUGGUCCAGGACCGUUACCGCCACCAAUCUUACAGUUCAUUCCGAGUGGUGCGGCAGGUCGCGGACCGGUCGGGAAUCCGCUCUACCGUAGUAAUUCUGUAACGGGCACCAGCAAUCUCACAUUGGCUGGAGUUUCAACGGCCGCUUCUGCCGUAGCCGCUGCAGCGGCCGCUACGGCAGCUGCUGGUACAGGUAGUAGUGCGGGUACGCCAGGCAAAAUGAAUCUAGCAGCGCAGCUAGUUGCUCCCGGUGGAAGUGGAGGCGGUGCUGGUGUGGCAGGAAGUAGUGGAAGUGGGGCUGGCAGUAGUACCGGAGGUGGGCAACCACCGCGCGUAAAAUCGAUCGCAAACGCAACGAACAUCGAUACGCUGCUAGUUGCUACGCAGGACCGCGAAGAGAAGAUCAUUGCCCCGCCGGAUGCAAUCCAGGACAAGACAGCGUUCAUAUUCAACAACCUGAGUCAGAUCAAUCUGCAGCAAAAGUGUGAGGAAAUAAAAGAAAUACUGCAGAAAGACUACUACACCUGGUUGGCACAGUAUCUCGUCAUGAAGCGCGCCUCCAUCGAAGUGAACUUCCACGUGCUGUACUCCAACUUUCUGGAUGCGCUCAAAAUUGCGGAAAUCAAUAAACUCGUUACGAAGGAAACGUUCCGUAACAUUCGAGUGCUGCUACGAUCGGACAAGGGUAUAGCCAAUUUCUCCGACCGCUCGUUGCUGAAAAACCUUGGCCAUUGGUUGGGAAUGAUGACGCUCGGCAGAAACAAACCGAUUUUACAUCUAGACAUUGACGUGAAGUCGUUGCUAGUGGAAGCGUAUAACAAGGGACAGCAAGAGCUGCUUUAUGUGGUACCGUUUGUGGCGAAAGUGUUGGAAUCGUGUGCAAAGAGUAAGGUAUUCAAACCGCCGAACCCGUGGACGAUGUCGAUUAUGAAUAUACUGGCCGAACUGCACCAAGAGCCGGAACUGAAGCUUAAUCUAAAGUUCGAGAUUGAGGUACUGUGCAAGAACCUCAACAUAGACGUGAGUGAUCUCAAACCCGCUAUCUAUCUGAAGGAUCCUGAACGUGCGCAAAACAUUGAGUACCAACUGUCACAACCUAAGCCGCCAAAGGAGGCACCUACAAUAAUGCCAGGCGCAGGUGUCGCUGGAAUCGGAGUUGGAGGUGGUGGAGGUGCUGGUAGUGGUGUCGUGGCUGUGGUGUCCCAACUUCCACCCGGUUCGGAUGAGAUGGGCUCGAGUGGACCAUCUAGCUCUCCGGCUAACGUGGCGAUGGAUCCAGCGCUGGCAGCAACAGGGCCACCAGAGCCUCGGUUCCACUACUCGGACAUUAACAUUGCAAAUCCGAGCUACAUCGCCCAGCACAUCCUAUAUCAUCCGACCAUCACCAUUCUGCACACGCAAUCUCACUUGAAGGUGAUCGUAAAGAACAGUCUGGAGCGUACAAUAACCGAAUGGAUAACGUUGAUCGUUGAUCGCAGUGUGAAGAUUGCAUCGAAAACGACCGAGCAGAUUAUCCGUAAAGACUUCGCGCUUGAUUCCGACGAGACGCGUAUGCGCCGGGCAGCGCACAAUAUGGCUCGCAGUCUGGUAGCUGGUAUGGCGAUGAUUACCUGCCGCGACCAAAUGUUGCAGAGCAUCCAGAACAACAUCAAAACCGGCUUCCUAACAGCGCUGUCGCAUGCACAAAAGGACAGUAUCGAGGGAGCCGCCACACAGCUGGCCGUAGACAACAUCGAGCUGGUAUCAGCGUUCAUUCAGAAGGCCGCUAUCGAGAAGGUGGCCCUAGAGAUGGAGAAAAUUCUGGCGGAAGAUUUUCAGCUGCGCAAGAUUGCACGACAGGAAGGCCGUCGCUAUUGGGAUGCAAGCGUGCUAUCGUACCAAACGGAUCGAAUGCCCGAGCGUAUUCGGCUCAAUGUCGGCGGAGUCUCGCCGAGUCAGUUGGCAGUGUAUGAGGAGUUUUCACGCAACAUUCCUGGCUUCCUACCGAUCACGGAGCGAGAUGUGGCUCAGUUUGCACCGAAGAUAUCGGAGUUGCUGCCAUUCGUUGCUACACCGGACGAAAUUGGCGCAAUGUACGAUGAGUUGGCAAGCAAGAUGGAUGCUUUCAUUAAGGCGACACGCAUCAUUCCUAUGUUGCAGCUUCAUACGAACAACAUGGAACAGUUGCUGGAAUGUCUGAUUCAUGCGCACCGUUCGUUGGACAACUUGACCGGAUGUACGCUGUUGAAUAAGGCGGUGGAAGGAUUGCUGGAAGGUUUGGUGAACAUUCCAGACCAGCUCGAGCACAUCAAACUUUACCGCGAUAUUCAUCUGCGAGUGAUGCGCCUAAUGCAAGACAACCGACUGUUUGGACCGUUGUGGACCAACAAAGCCAUCACGCGGUACAUGUUGGAAUGCCGUGAAGAGUUGCGCUACAACGUGGAAGCUAUUGAUUUACUGAUUUCGUCCAACUUCGUCAACAUGCAGCAGUUCGACAUCAUGUUGGUGCAGCUGAUGGAUAAUGGCAACAAUUACGUAGCGGUCGUGUUUGCGAUGCAGCUGCUUCAGACGUUCUUCAUCGAUGAGCGUCACAACUCAUCCAUCACCGAGAACGAACUGGGAAGCACAAUCGAAAUGCUACACCGCCUGACCGCACAUCCUCGUGCACCGGAAGGUCUGACACAUCUGAUCGAAAUGCUGCGUGCAAACCACGAUCCAAACUCGUUCCUUAUGGACCGCGCUGUCGUUGGUCCGACGUCCUACAUUCAUGCGGGUCUAGCACAAGCAAGGUCGGACAUUGACGAUUCACCUGGUUUUCUGGAACGGGCAGAGUUUCUACUCAAGGAUUGGGUUACGAUUGCACUCUCACCGAAUAGCUGUCGUGAUCCGCUGAAAGGUUUCAGUGUGUUCGUAGGCAAAAUGAAUGCGCAUGGUAUUCUGAAAGGCGAUGAACCGCUGACACGAUUCUUCCGCUUUGCUACUCAGUACUGCAUCGAUCUUACCUAUCGAAACAUGAACGAACCGAACGCAAAAGCAAAGAUUUUCCAGUUCAUCGACGCGUACGUGCGCUUGAUCGCGUUGCUGGUGAAACAUUCGGGUGAAAGUGGCAACACGAACACGAAGCUGAAUCUGUUAAACAAGAUUCUUGGUAUUGUUGUUGGUAUUCUGUUGCACGACCAGGAGGUACACGCAACGGCCUUCCAGCAGGUCGGUUAUCAUCGAAUCUUCGCGAUGCUAUUUCUAGAGCUGACUACGCAAGAUCCAAUCUUGGAGAAUAUCAGCAUCAGCGUGAUCACGGCAUUCUGCCACACGUAUCACAUUUUGCGACCGUCUGCCGCACCAGGAUUUUGCUACUCCUGGCUAGAGCUGAUCGCACAUCGUGUCUUCAUCGGACGUAUUCUUGCGCUGAUCCCUCAGCAGAAGGGUUGGCACAUGUACUCGCAGCUACUGAUCGAUCUGUUCAAAUAUCUUGCCCCGUUCUUGCGCAACGCUGAGCUGGCGAAACCGGUACAGCAUCUGUAUAAGGGAACGCUACGGGUGUUGCUAGUGCUGCUGCACGAUUUCCCCGAAUUUCUUUGCGAUUAUCAUUUCGCCUUCUGCGAUGUCAUUCCAUCGAACUGCAUCCAGAUGCGCAAUCUGAUUCUGUCACCGUACCCGCGAAACAUGCGCCUUCCGGAUCCAUUCACUCCGAAUCUGAAGGUUGACAUGUUGAAUGAUAUUGGCGGAUCGCCUCGUAUUUCCAUCAACUACGUUUCCUCCAUUCAGCCGGCAAGCUUCAAAAAAGAUCUCGACUCGUAUCUGAAGGCCCGUGCACCGGUAACCUUCCUGUCGGAGUUGCGCUCAAAUCUGCAGAUUUCGAACGAGGUUGGAUCGCGCUAUAAUAUUCCGUUGAUGAACGCGCUGGUUCUGUACGUUGGCACCCAAGCCAUUGCUCACAUUCGAUCGAAAAAUUUGGGACCAACAAUGUCUACGAUUAUCCACAGUGCACAUAUGGAUAUUUUCCAGAACUUGGCAGUGGAUCUGGACACCGAGGGACGUUAUUUGUUCCUGAACGCGAUCGCUAACCAGCUACGGUAUCCGAACAGUCAUACGCAUUACUUUAGCUGUUGCAUUUUGUAUCUGUUCGCAGAGGCAAACUCGGAAGCGAUUCAGGAGCAAAUCACCCGCGUUCUUCUCGAGCGCUUGAUCGUAAAUCGUCCACACCCGUGGGGUUUGUUGAUCACUUUUAUUGAGUUGAUUAAAAAUCCCAUUUACAAAUUCUGGGAUCACGAUUUCGUUCAUUGUGCGCCGGAAAUUGAACGCCUCUUCGAAUCCGUGGCAAAGUCUUGUAUGGUCACUAGCAAAAGCCAGCAGCAAAUUCAAAACGUCGAAUCGGAUAUAACGGAGUGUAACUAAAUGCUGCUUUAAAAUGCGCACAGAUUCAUCUGCGGUGCUGUCAGGUUGGACUCAUCCUAUCGAUGUCCACAUUCUAAGAAACGAGAAAUCAAACGAAUACGUCAAGCCGACGUGUCUUACACCGGUUGACGAUAAGAAGUGUUUGAAGUAAAUAGCGGGUGUACAUAUGAAUCCGUUUAAGUGUCUACAUCUACACAAAAUAUGAAAUGGAAAAAUGGUUCGGUUUACAAAAACAACACGUCCACCAUUUUGAAAUUAACAAAAAACAAAAACAGCUUCAGCCUGUAGAAAUCGUGAGCCGCAUGUAAAUUGUGACCGCAAUGGAUGGAUCGAACGCUUAAUAGGGAAAAGUAUGCUACAGCAAGGGAAUCGAGCGUAAAGUUUUGCAUUUUCCAUUGCCUUUGCAGUGGCCGCUAAAGGUAAUGAAUUUACUGCAAAAACAGUAGUUUGGUUCUCGAUUCGAUAGGUUCUGGAAUGUAAUUAAAUGUACAAAGAAGCUGCAAAGCAAUGAGCGUUACAAAAAAGGUCGCUUGUCCAUUUUACUCAGCUGCGGUAGGGUAAUUAUAUUUUGUCGUAAUAAUUGUAAUAAAAAACAGAUAUGAAUUCAAAA